CUCGUGCACUUGAAUGAAUCUACAUCAUGAGCUAACGAUGGAGAUUGGGUCAAAAUACAAGAGGAACCAAAAGGAAGGGAAGGGAUAAUGCCGGGCAGUCGGAAGUAGGUUGGACGGCGGAUGCUGUAAUAAAGAAAAGCCCCGAGUCGGUCGGUGAGUUCGAAUCCCAGCACCGUAGGAUAGGCCCAUCGGUAAGAUUAUGCACGAGGAAAAUUCAAAUUCGAAAUGGGUUUCCUGUGCUGCGCUCUGCUUCGCUGGGCUACACCGACCCCUCGGACCCCUCGACCCUUCUGUCCUCGGACCCCUCGACUUGCAUUCUCGCAAGGUGCGGAAUAGUGAAGGAAGUGGUGCGAGUCGGAUGGUCGAUCGCUUCUUCAUCCGAACGUCGCCAUCGCUUUUGCAGCGUCCGCUGUUCACGAGUGGUGGCAGACGAGGACGGCCGGUUGCCUCGAAUUUCUCGCUUCCGGUGCACUGUGCAUGCUUUGCUGUGACGACCACUGUUGAAUUGAACAAAAUGUAUUCACUGCAGAUCGAGGACUGCUACGCAUGGCGAUGAAGAUUUGCCUUUCUCGCACGGUGCUGUGAUUCGGGAGCGCCCAGACGGCAAGACGGCUGGAGCGUCGAGAGUUGUCUUCGGAGGAUUCCGAGCGCGUGUACAGUGGGUGCUUUGACACCAUCUGCCGGACGACUUUGCAAGAUUCAAGUCAAGGAGAAAUAUCUGGUGCACAGCAGCAGCACGGGCACCCCAGCUAACCAAAUCGAGCACGACUAUUGCAUAAGGGAAUCUCGCUUACGAGACGGAUCAACAUUGUCCCCUAAACACCUCCACUUUUGGUUUCAUUUUCACGAAAGUCCUAAGAACUGUGCGGCCAAAAGGUUAUUGCAAUGAGUACGAUGACACCCAUCCUACGCCUACUUUGAGUGGCUCUACUUUGUCCAUGCAUGACUGAAUUCUGGUCCAUCUGCCCUUCUGUGUAACUUCAAUGGAUCACAAUUGGAAAAUGCAAUAAAAAAUAAAGUAUCAGCCUCUUCUGUUAUCUACUUGUCCUGGAUGUGAUAAAACAAAAGCCU